AUGGCGAUCGUUCACUUUCGUAGGCAGCAGACUCGGCGUGUCGUGACCGACUUCCCUUUCGGUCGUCACGAGCACCCCGUUGAACCGCACCUCGGUACAUCUAUUACGGAUUUCGUGUAUGUUGUGCUCAUCUUAGCCGCAAUAACCGAUGUAACUCCAUUCUAUACUAGAAAUAAAAUAAAAUCGUGCAAAUCUACGACUCCGGUGUGCGGCACUGACGGCAAGACAUACAAGAACAUUUGUCACCUCCAAGCGGCUCAAAGCAACGACCAUGAUCUCCAACUAUUUCACAAGCAGUCUUGCGAAGAAGAUACACAUAUUACCCCACCAAAGAAAACUGAGCAAAGCACCACGAAUAGCAACUCACCAAGAGGAAAAAACCGUAAAUACCGUUCGAUUUUCAGCACAUCGCACCUAGCUCCCGGCAAAGAAUACUGCCCAACUUACUGGGUCCCAGUGUGCGGUUCUGACGUUACAGCGUACCUGACACUCCUCUGCGGGUUGAUGAAAUGGAGCUACGUGGUGGCUGUGUCGUGCGUAUCUAGCGAACCAGUCUGCGGCAACGACGGCAACACUUACGACAGCAUCUGCCACCUGAGCCUGGCCAAACAGAAAAACGAAGACCUACUACCCCUGCAUCCGGGGUACUGCAGGUUUAACGAUCCAGAACAACUCACCGAUAAUGACCUACAACAAAGCAGUAUGCUCGGCAGAAGUGAUAGAGGAAAACCAAGAAGAUUCCCGAAAAAGAGGCAAGAUGUCGAGCCGAACUUCUGCCCCGCAAUAUGGGCCCCUGUUUGCUUACCACGAUGGAUGGACCCUUUUUACCCUUUUGAAACGCUUUCCACAACAAGACGCUCAGUAACAAGCAGACGGCCAACAACAAAAGGAAACCAUCCAACUACACCGAAAUCUGAAUCUGCAGAAUUAGAUAUGGACACACAAAACAAUCCGUCUCAAAUCGAAUAUGAAAAUGAAGACCCUAAGACUGAUGAACUGGAACCAACUGAAUCACCUACUAACGAAUCAUUCAAACCUGAUGAAGAAACACUGACGGAUCCGGAUUACAACGAAGCACAAAGUCCAUAUACCAAACCUAGUACAACUCGUCGUCCGAAACCUAACACGACGACACGUAGAAGGAAACGAACGAAAUAUCCACCUUGUGGUAGAUGUACGACAAAAAAUAAGAAGUGGCCACCAAAAUUCUGGUCCCCAUUGUACUGGUUGAACAAGAAACGAAUAUGUUGCUCUUGA